AUGUAUGCGAUGUCUAUUAGUGGAGAGGGUGCUCAGUACUUGCGUGUUCCGCCCGACCCGGGCAUUCAGGCCAGUCCGGCUGCCGCUCUAGGUGCUAGUGCGUCUCCUCCCACAGGUCCUGGUGAGGCUGCAGCCCUAGGUGCUCGUGCGUCCGUGCCCCCUGGUACUGAGUCGACUGCAGCACUGCACACCUUCACCCUGGACUCAGGUGCUUCUCGCUCUUUCUUCCGUGACCGCACUGUCCUUGAGCCACUCGCUCGGCCAGUUGCUGUCUCCCUUGCUGACCCCUCUGGGGGUCCGGUCAUUGCGACCUCCUCCACUGUCCUUCCUUGUCCGGCGGUCCCGUCCGGCACGCUGUCAGGUCUCUACCUCCCCUCGUUCUCUACGAACUUGGUGGCAGGUAGUGCGCUCCAGGACGGGGGUGUUCACCAGUUCACCCCUGCCUACGAGCGCGUGACACACUGCACGUGUGCUCGGACGGGUCGCCACCUGGCUACCUUCACUCGGGAGCCGGGGUCGGACCUUUACACACUGACCACUGACUCCCCUCAGGUAGCUGCGUCCGCGUCUGCGUCUGCGUCAGGUCAGCUGUCCGCCCCCUGCUCGUGUCGCUCUCUGGCGCAUGAGACUGUCCUUUGGCACCACCGCCUUGGUCACCCGUCUGUGCAGCGCCUUCGGGCCAUGCACAAACGGGACCUUGUUGCUGGGCUUCCCAGGGUGCUCCCUCCCCUUCCAGCCUCACCUGCUCCUCCCUGUCUUCCCUGUGUCGAGGGGCGGCAGCGCGCCGCUCCUCACUCCUCCUCCUUUCCCCCGACGACUGCUCCUUUGCAGACGCUCCACAUGGACGUGUGGGGCCCAGCCCGCGUCCGUGGCCAGGGUCAGGAGAGGUACUUCCUGAUUGUUGUUGACGACUUCUCGCGCUACACCACGGUCUUCCCCUUGCGCACCAAGGGUGACGUCCCUGAUGUCUUGAUCCCUUGGAUCCGCAGAUCUCGUCUCCAGCUCAGUGAGCGUUUCCACUCCGACUUCCCUGUCCUGCGUCUGCACUCUGACAGAGGUGGAGAGUUUUCCUCUGGCCUCUUGGAGGCCUUCUGUCAGCAGGAGGGCAUUGAGCAGUCGUUCACGCUUCCGGCCUCUCCACAGCAGAAUGGGGUUGCUGAGCGCCGCAUUGGCUUGGUCAUGGAGGUCGCUCGUACCUCCUUGGUUCAUGCAGCUGCCCCCCACUUUCUGUGGCCGUUUGCAGUCCGAUACGCUGCGCAUCAGCUCAACCUCUGGCCCCGUGUCUCCUUGCCCGAGACUUCUCCGACACUGCGUUGGACGGGAGAGGCUGGCGAUGCAUCGCGUUUUCGGGUCUGGGGAUCCCGAGCUUUUGUCCGCGACACGUCCGCGGACAAGCUCUCCCGUCGCGCUGUCCCCUGCGUCUUCCUUGGCUUUGUCCCGGACGCCCCUGGUGUGUCCCAGGUAGACCCGGGUGAGCCUGUCGAGGUAGCUGUUGACUCUCGUCCUGCUCGGGGUACUGAGCCUGGGGGUGCUGCGUCUGGGGGUGCUGAGCCUGGGGGUGCUGGGUCUAGGGGUGCUGAGCCUGGGAGUGCUGAGUCUGGGGGUGCGGAGCCUGGGGGUGCUGAGCCAGGAGGUGCGGAGCCUGGAGGUGCGGAGCCUGGAGGUGCUGAGCCUGGGGGUGCUGGGUCUGGGGGUGCUGCGUCUGGGGGUGCUGAGCCUGAGCGUGCUACACCUGGAGGAGCCCUCUCCUCCCAGCAGCUGCAGGAGAGGUACCUCGAGUACUGCCGCCUCCGGAGAGGUGCUGCUGGAGCUCGUCCCGGUACUUCCCCUCCUACCCAGGAGCUCCCCCCCAUUCAGCAGAUCCGCGAGUGGUACACACGGCGCUGCAGUCUUCGGAGUGGUGCUCCUGGUGCUGCGGACCCUGGGGGUGACGCUGCUGCUGGUGCUGAGGACCCGGACGUGGGAGCUGCUGCUGGUACUGCGGACCCGCCUGGUGGAGCUACUGCUGGUGCUGAGGACUCUGACGUUGGAGCUGCUGCUGGAGCUGAGGACCCGGGCGGUGGCGCUGCUGCUGGUGCUGAGGACCCGGACGGUGGAGCUGCUGCUGGUACUGAGGACUCGGACGGUGGAGCUGCUGCUGGAGCUGAGGACCCGGGCGGUGGCGCUGCUGCUGCUGCUGAGGACCCGGGCGUUGGAGCUACUCCUGGUACUGAGGACCCGGCCGGUGGAGCUGCUGCUGGUGCUGUGGACCCGGCCGCUGGAGUCUCCUCUGCUUCUGGAGACGCUGCGCGGCCGCGACCGUACUUCGUACCGCUCCUUCAGCAGGUUCUUGGGCAGGCUCCUCCUCCUUGUCCUCCUCCCUCUGUAGAGUGUCCUCUGCCUGUCCAGCCGCAGUCACAGUUACCGCCUACCUCGCCUCUUCCUGCUCCCUCUCCUUACACUGGUCCCACAGGAGGUCUUACAGAGCGUCGUGAGCCUGAGUCUCAUCCUGCGUCGCCUGUUCGUCCUGCUCGCACUGGUAGUCGUGUCCGUCGUGAGCGUCCUCCUCCUGUCCCAGGCACUCACUACAUGACUCUGCGUCCCUCUACUGCUCCUCAGCGUGUCCCUCUACCGUCUCCUCCUGCGUCUUCUUUGCCUCACGUUCCGGACCCUGAGUCUGACCGGUACCGUGCUGAGCACCCUACUGUCACGCGUCUCCUUGCUACUGUUGUCACUGACCCUACCUUUGAGUCCUCGACUGCGUCUGCUCUGGUCGCUGAGUUGGUUGACUUUGCUGCUGCCUGUCGUCUAGACUACGCUGCUAGCCUUGUUGCGGAGCCUGAGUCUGAGUCUGUCUGUCCUCCGUCCGUCGGGGGUGAGUGUGCUCUUGGCACGGACGUCCUUGAGGACAGACAGGAGGAGUUCCAGUGUCUUGCUGCUGCUUUGCCCCGUCUCGUGUCCUUGCUAGUUGCCCCUGAGGGAGACCCGGAUGCACCAGACAUCCCGACCCCGCGCACUUACGCUGAGGCGAUGGCGGGUCCCUACUCCUCUCAGUGGCAGACAGCCAUGGACGCCGAGAUGGCCUCCUGGAAGUCCACACGCACCUACGUCGACGAGGUUCCCCCUCCUGGGGCGAACAUCGUCAGUGGCAUGUGGAUUUUCAGGGUGAAGCGGCCGCCGGGUUCUCCGCCUGUCUUCAAGGCGCGUUACGUGGCUCGAGGCUUCAGUCAGCGAGAGGGAGUUGAUUUCUUCCAGACCUUCUCCCCCACCCCGAAGAUGACUACUCUUCGGGUGCUACUGCACAUAGCCGCUCACCGUGACUACGAGCUUCACUCACUUGACUUCAGCACUGCUUUCUUGCAGGGCAGCCUGCACGAGGAGAUCUGGCUGCGCCGCCCACCUGGCUUCACUGGGUCGUUUCCUCCUGGUACCCAGUGGAGGCUUCAGCGGCCGGUCUACGGUCUCCGCCAGGCUCCGCGUGAGUGGCACGACACACUGAGGACUACACUUGCGGCUCUUGGGUUCGCGCCUUCGACUGCUGACCCGUCGCUGUUCCUGCGCACCGACACUUCACUGCCGCCGUUCUACAUCCUCGUGUACGUCGACGACUUGGUCUUUGCCACUGCUGACACUGCAGGACUCGCCUACGUGAAGUCGGAGCUGCAGAGGAGACACACGUGCACAGACCUGGGUGAGCUGACAAGCUAUCUUGGCUUGCGGAUCACCCGGGACAGAGCACGGCGCACCAUCACCCUGACUCAGUCACACAUGGUGCAGCAGGUUCUCCAGCGCUUCGGCUUCACGUACUCCUCGCCUCAGUCCACUCCUCUGCCUACCGGUCACUCGCUCUCAGCUCUGCCUUCGGAUGAGUCCGUAGAGCCGAGUGGCCCGUAUCCAGAGCUUGUGGGCUGCCUCAUGUACCUGAUGACCUGCACUCGACCUGACCUUGCAUACCCUCUUAGCAUCCUUGCACGCUAUGUCGCUCCUGGCCGUCACAGGAAGGAGCACAUGGAUGCUGCUAAGAGGGUGUUGCGCUACUUGUGCAGUACGUCGGGCAUGGGGCUUGUGCUUGGAGGGCGAGACCAAGUUGUUCUCACAGGGCACUCAGACGCUUCUUGGGCAGACGACCAGGCCACUCAGCGGUCGUCUCAGGGUUACACCUUCAGCCUUGGCUCUGGCUCAGUUUCUUGGCGCUCUACACGCUCUUCUUCUGUUCUCGGCUCUAGUUGCGAGGCUGAGAUCUACGCUACAGCCAUGGCUGCCCAGGAGCUACGCUGGCUGACCUACCUGCUGACCGACCUCGGAGAGCCGCCUCGUUCUCCUCCAGUACUGUACGUCGACAACAAGGCUGCCAUUGCCUUGUGUGAGGAGCACAGACUGGAGCACAGAACGAAGCACAUCGCCCUGCGGUACUUCCUUGCUCGUGAGCUGCAGCAGCGCGGUCAGCUUUGUAUUCGCUACGUGGCCACUGAGGCCAACACUGCUGAUGUGUUCACCAAGGCGCUUCAGCCUCGUGACCAUCAGCGCUUCUGCACUCUACUAGGCCUUGUGCCUACUGGACCUCACUUACUUACCUCUUGA